AAUAAAUAAAAUGCUCACAAGGGCAUUAGCCAAAUAGAUGCGUCUAGGUAGAUAUUGAAGCUAAAGUGUAUAAUAGGAUUCUCAGCUGCUAAGAAGCAAGCAGAGACAGGUAAAACAGGAAGCACAACAUCAGGAUAAAUAGCAUAAGUAAUUGGUGCAGUUGUUGAUGUACAAUUUGAUGGACCACUUCCUCCAAUCUUGAAUGCAUUGUAAGUUUAAGGGACAAGUCAUAAAUUAAUAUUGGAAGUGGCUUAACAUUUGGGUGAUAGUAGAGUUAGAACAAUUGCUAUGGAUUCAACAGAAGGAUUGAUUCGUGGUUAACCAGUUUCAGAUUUAGGAGGUCCUAUUACUAUUCCAAAAAAAAAAAAAAAAAAAAA